UGCCCCUCUUCGUUUUCAAUUUGGUCGAGCGAAAUCAAUUAGAAUGAAUGAUUCCCACACUCCUCUUUCUAUUCCUUCGUUUCUCCACCCUGUCAACACACAUCAUCAUCAGCAUCAACAACAACCAUAAUUGAUUACCAAAACCCUUUUCUCUUUCUUUUUUUUCUUUUUUUUUUCCCCCUUAUUUUCUCGUUCCUUCACCUUUCGAUUCACUUACACUGUUAUAUACUAGCAAAGUAUCCCAGAUUCUUUUUACUCUGACCAUCACCUUUUCAACCCCACACCAUACCUUCUUACUCCAAUCACUCUCUCCUUCUUCUAUGUACCAUCCUAUCCCACCACCGACCUUUAGCAAUUUCCUUUCCGUCCAUCCCCACCUCAAUUCUAGGGUUUUUGAUUGUUUUUCUUCUUUCCUUCUAUUUUAAAUUAUUAUUAUUAUUAUUAUUAUUAUAAAAAAAAAAACCCUUUUCCUUUCCACUUUUAAUUCGUUAGGUUAGGCUGAUCACUGUGCUUUCUGAUCUCUCUCUUCUUUCCUUUCACUCGCACCUUCUGUUGUCUGUUCUUCGAAUCUCUCUACUUCGUCUGAUUCUAGUAUAUUUCUUCACAAUCUACAACUUCACACGCACACGCGAUCUCUCUUUCUCUUAUGAUGUGGAUACUUGUCUGCCCGGUCGUGUUUUUCCCCUUUGCUUAGGAAUCUCAAUCCUAUCAUUACUAAUCUGAAUUCAAUACUAUUUGUGUAUUCAUUGGGUGAUUUCCCCUUUUUCUUCUUUUUGUUACUUGGAAAUAUUCUUCCCAGUGGGUGCGUGUGGAGGAGAAUAGUGAUUGUUAAUGGCAUACCAAUCGAUUCAGGGUCCGAGUUCGGGAUCGAGUUCGAGUUCGGGGUUUCAACUAUUGAACUCUCCUUUUGGCGACACCACUUAUACCAAGGUCUUCGUUGGAGGAUUGGCUUGGGAGACUCAGAGCGAAACCAUGCGCCGUUACUUCGAGCAGUUUGGAGAGAUUCUCGAGGCCGUCGUAAUCACUGAUAAGAAUACAGGGCGAUCCAAAGGCUAUGGUUUCGUGACUUUCCGGGAUCCCGAGGCUGCUAGGAGAGCCUGUGCUGAUCCUACACCGGUCAUUGAUGGUAGAAGGGCAAAUUGUAACUUGGCUUCUCUUGGCCGACCACGGCCCCCUCUCCCUUAUGGACGGAUAAGACCAGCGUCCCCUUAUGUUGGAAGUUUGCAACCAGCCCGAGGUGCUUAUGUUGGAGGCUUUGGCUACCAGCAACCGCUUUCCUAUGGCUAUCAACAAGGAUUGGUUUAUCCUCCUUAUGGGUAUACGACAUAUGGACCCGAAUACAUCUACCCACAGAAUCUGUACAACCCAUAUAUGGGUCAACAGUACCUUCAGAUAUAUGGAGUGCCUGGAGCAGUUAAUACAACUAUUUAUCCUUAUGGACAAUUGGGUCAAACUAUUCCCAGCGGUCAUGGUUAUACAGCAAUGCAGGGCUAUACAGUACCUGGUCAUCAGAUUGUGCCCUACGGUGGAUCCAAUGUUAAUGCCAUGACAACUUCACCUAUGCCUGCCAUUCAAGCACCAUAUCCUAGAAUUGCUGCACAAGUUCCAGGCCAACCGCAAUUUAUUGUUCCUGCUCCUUCUCAGUUUAUGCAAGGCAGCGGUCCUGACCAAACGGCCGGGUAUCCUUAGUUUGCAGCAGGACUAAGAGCAGUGGAUCUGCUACUUGAGUGGCGGGCUUCCAAUCUAGCCUUGCAAGUCAUAUAUAGUCAUGCUCACCAAGUUGUGUCUGUCGCUCCAGAUGGUGAAGGAAACUGGAACGUGCGGGCUGUUUCCAUUUGGACGUUUACACUAGUGUAUUUAUACCUUAUACUACCAGUACUCAGGAAGAGUGGCGGUAGUAUUGGAUCAAUGGUUGCUGGAAUAGGUUUCUGGCAUCCAUGUAGGAAUAAACUUGUGUAAAAAAAACAUGUCUGAAUCAAAAUAUGAUUCUUUGUAGUCUCAUCCAGCAUUGAGUUUGUAGAUAAUCGUCAAUGUUGGGAAUUGUGUGACGAUGGAUGGUCCAUCACAUUGAAUGUGAUUUUUGUGCAUAGUAGUUGUCAGAGGUUUCUGCCACAAAACACAGUGUAAUUUUAUGAUUUUAAGAACCUGCCGUUUAUGCAGGGUAGAACCUCCAGUAUAUUCCACUAGAGAAAUUGCAGUGGUUCUAUAGCGUUAUGUUACCGUCAUUCAGCACUUGGUCACCA